AGAGCAGACGGUGUUGAGCGUCCGCGACGGCAGGAUGUCUGCGUCGAGGGAGCUGGACAUCGUCCUCUUCGGAGCCACCGGUGUAACGGGUACUUACGUGCUCCAGGAGCUGCACCGCUCGUGCGAGGGUCUUCGCUGGGGCGUGGCGGGACGCGACGCCGACAAACUUCGGCGCACCCUGCGCACGGCCGCCUCAGACCUCGACUUGAAAGAGGAUGCCCUGGACAGAGUGCCUAUCAUCGUGGCUAACGUGGAGGACAACGCCUCACUGCUUGCCAUGGCCCAGAGAACGCGCCUGGUUCUCAACACUGUCGGACCGUACCGCUUUUUUGGACGUUCGGUGGUAGCAGCCUGUGUCAACAGCGGUACGCAUCACAUCGAUGUCAGUGCAGAAGUGCAAUACAUGGAGCAAAUGCUGCUUGAAUUCUAUGACGAGGCUCGAAAUAAGAAUACCUUGGUCCUGAUGGCAUGUGGAUUUGGCAGCAUUCCCGCCGAAAUGUGUCCUCUGCUUCAUGCGAAAAAAUUUCCGAGUUUUCCUGCAGGUGAUUUGGAAGAGGUUGAGUCCUACAUGAGGAUAAAACAAGGUCCAUUGGGCAUGAAUUUGAACUACGGCACUUGGGAGAGCAUUAUCCACAUGGUGGCGCAUGCGUCAGAACUUGUACCACUUCGGCAGCAGAACCGCGAGAGGGUGUUUACCAAACCACUUCCCGAACGCCAAUCUCGCUUGGCUCGAAG